CAUUUGCCAAAGGUUCUAAGAAAAUUGCCCAUUGAACAUGCAAACAGUACAGAAACCAAAGGCAAUGGGGAAAUCCCCAAGGUCAUUCAAGAGGAGAAAAUAUACCAAGUUGGACAAAAUCAUUUUCUUUUCCCUAUUCAUCGUCCAUAUUGCCUGUAUUUUUGCACCAUUUCAUUUUACUUGGCCUGCAUUUUGUGUCGCGUUUGCAUUGUACUUUAUUACUGGCUUAUGUAUUAGCGUUUCGUACCAUAGAAAUCUUGCACAUAAGAGUUUCAAACUACCAAAAUCAAUGGAAUACUUUCUCGCUUAUUGUGCGGCACAUGCUCUUCAGGGUGAUCCAAUCGAUUGGGUGAGUACACAUAGAUGUCAUCAUCAAUUUGUUGAUACAGAAAAAGAUCCACAUAGCCCUAUCGAAGGAUUUUGGUUUAGCCAUAUCACUUGGCUUUUUGAUUCUUAUAAUUUGACCAAAAAAGUUUGUCCAAAUUAUUUUACCGAUUUUCAAAAAGUUGAUAGAAGCAUAUUCAUAUGGUUCUCCAAGCAUGGGAGACCCGAUAACGUUCGUGAUUUGGAGAAGCAAACCUUCUAUAGGUUUAUUCAUAAAACAUAUUUUCUUCAUCACAUUCUUCUUGCGAUCCUACUCUAUCAAGUUGGAGGACUUCCAUUUCUUAUAUGGGGCACGUGUGUAAGGAUCGUAGUGCUCAUGCACGUAACAUUUAUGGUGAACUCGGUAUGUCAUAUAUGGGGAAAACGUCGAUGGAAUACUAAAGAUUUGUCAAGAAACAAUUGGUUGGUAGGUUUGCUUGCAUUCGGUGAAGGUUGGCACAACAACCAUCAUGCUUUUGAAUAUUCAGCAAGGUUUGGACUUCAAUGGUGGCAAAUUGAUUUUGGUUGGUAUACAAUUAGGGUUCUUCAAGCCAUUGGAGUUGCCAAAAAUGUUAAACUACCUUCUACAAUUCACAAACAAAGGCUUUUUAUAGACUAUUGAGUCUGCAAUAAAAAAAUCUAUUAAUGUUUGGUAUUCUCAAGACGAUUUGUUUGUUUUUAUUUUGUGUGUGAAGGAUAUAGUGUAAUUAAGCACCCUUAGCAGCAAUUUUGAUUAUAUAGAUGUUGCUAUUGAUGAUCUUUAUAUUUGAAGUUUUUUAUGUUUCUCAUAAAUAAUUGUCUAUUGGUAUUAA